AUGCUCACCACUACCUACACGCUUCGGAUGGGCGCAUACGCCAAGUAUCCUGUCACACACGCGAGCCCCAGCCCCGCUCCGACUUCGGGUUCCGACACCGUCACGCCACCGAGCCCCGACGAGGUCCAAGCAGCCCCUUCUCGGAUUUCGGCGCCGACAUCGGUAGUGCCCCGUGCGCCUCUCCGCCCCCAGACCUGCCAGUGCGAGGAGUGCGAGAGCUCCCCGGCGCGCUACACUCGCCGUGACGAUAGUGAUCUCGAGAGCUAG